AUGAGUCUGCCGGAAUAUCCUAGACCGCCAGUGCAAGCCUGUUCUCAGCCUCAUCCAAGCAGAACACUUCCCGCAGAGGCUUUGGCAGGAACCAAGAGAGACAGGUCCGGUCAGCCGCUCAAUGUACAUUUGGGGUGUGGGUUGAGAACGUUCUCCUUCAAUCUUGACUCAAGUCGUCAUGAUGGAUACGACGACUCAUCAACAUGCGACGAAAGCGAAUCGAAUAGCGACUCAUCGGAGAGUGGGAGUGAUUCAGAAUCGGAAAUAAGCAGCGACGAGGAGGAUUUGGGGCCUGAUGACGCCAUUUCCAAUGAAAUUUACCAAGCGGCAAAUGAACACUUUCAAGUCAUGAAGACACAGCUGGUUGACUUCUCCUACGAAAAAGUUGAGAAGUGGAUGAGCUCAGCAAGCUAUGUCCCGCCACCAGACGACAGGUUGCCGCGUCGAAAACGAGCCAGGACAGGAGACCUCCAACCCCAAUCAACAUUAUACUUCAAAAAGAUCGACAAAGAUGACCCCAACGUCGUCUCCGUAACACGUGUAGAUGGGUACUUUCACUUCGCCUGCCCCUACUACCUCUCCAACCCGACAAAACAUCAACAAUGUCUGCGAAAAUAUGAUCUUCAGUCCGUCGAAGACGUCAUUCAGCACAUGUGCCAGUGUCACAGAGAGCCGCCUUAUUGCCCCCGCUGCUGCCGACCGUUCGACGGUGCAAGAGAGCGCGAUAGACAUUUCCUCGCCCAUGUGUGUGAGACCAGCCCCUCGCGUGACGUGGAAGGCAUCACUGAACGUCAAAAAUUGAAAUUAGAGAAAAUGGAGAAGCAUCACAACCUAUACAUGGGAGAAAAGAGGCGAUGGAUGAAAGUACGAGACAUCGCUUUUCCGAAUUCUGAACUCGACAGCUCUAAAACACCCUACCUUGAGAGCUCUCACGAGGUUAGAGUAGGCAUGGCACGAGACUAUUGGGCACGCAACGCCACAGAUGUUGUCCAGGAAUUCUUAAGUAAGAAUGCCCAGGCUCAGCGGCAAAUAUCGCAGGAUGGAACAGCUUUGAGAAUAAUCGAAGGAUUGGUACUAGAUGGGGUCAUCGAUCGGAUAAUGUGUGAUCAAGAAGUGGUUGUGCGGAAAUGA